UAUUUGUGUUUUGGUAUUUUUUGUGGAUUUGUUAUUUUGGGUCGUUGUUGUUGGCAGAGGAGCCACGGGCCGUAAUAAAUAUGGAUUUGAGCGAUAAUCAACUGGAGGACCAAUCCUUCAUGUACAAGCACGAGCAAUUAUUCAGCGAGAGCUUUCCACUGUUCAAGGAGAUACGAAGACUGGGCAAACUUUGUGAUGUCACCCUGAAGGUUGAAGAUCAGACAUUCUCCGCACAUCGCGUUGUUCUGGCUGCCACUGUGCCGUAUUUUCAUGCAAUGUUUACGAACAACAUGGCAGAGAGUCGCAUCAAGGAAAUUACCAUGAAGGAGAUUGAGCCGAGCGCUCUGGAGAGCCUGAUUAACUAUGUGUACAGUGGCCAGGUGCGCAUCGAUAACCAAAAUGUGCAGAGCCUCAUGGUUGGCGCAUCGUUUCUGCAAUUGUCCAAUGUGCGCGAUGCGUGCGCUUCUUUCCUCAUCUCUCGAUUCCAUCCGCACAACGUGCUGGGCAUACGAACAUUUGGUGACUCGAUGAUCUGCCGCCAUUUAACCGAUGCCGCCGAUAAGUAUAUUGAUCAAAACUUUGCCAAGGUAUCCCAGUCGGAGGAGUUCCUCACCCUGGACUGCGAACAGUUGUUGGAGCUGAUGCGACGCGAUGAGCUGAACGUUCGUAACGAGGAGGUGAUAUUCGAGGCGUGCAUGCGUUGGGUCAAAUACGCCGAGGAGAAACGGUCGCCACUAUUUCCCAAAGUGCUGGCCGCAGUGCGUCUGCCGCUGCUGUCGCCGCAAUUUCUCGCCGAUCGAGUGGCACGCGAGGAGCUGAUACGCUCAUCUCAUCAAUGCCGCGAUCUGCUAGACGAGGCAAAAGACUUUCAUUUGAUGCCCGAGCGUCGCGGUCUACUGCAGAGUUUCCGUACGCGUCAACGUUGUGGCGAAUUCUUUACGGGCCAAAUUUACGCUGUUGGUGGAUUAGCCAGCACAGGCGAGUCGGUCAGCACCGUGGAAAUUUACGAUCCAGUUGGCAAGAAAUGGAAAAUGGGCGAACAAAUGUCCAUGAUGCGUUCCCGAGUGGGCGUGGCCGUUUUGGAUGGUAAACUUUAUGCAUUUGGCGGUUUCAAUGGCACCGAGCGUCUGUCCACGGUGGAGGUCUAUGAUCCGCGCAAGAACAAAUGGUCUCAGGGCUGUGCCAUGUUGUGUAAGCGCAGUGCUGUGGGCGUGGCUGCCUUGGAUGAUUGCAUUUAUGUGUGUGGUGGAUACGAUGGCGUCACUUCGCUCAACACAGUCGAGGUCUACUAUCCCAAGAUCAAUACGUGGAAAACGGUGGCCCAAAUGAUGAAGUAUCGCUCAGCUGGCGGUGUUACGCAGCUAAAUGGUUAUGUCUAUGCGUUGGGUGGCCACGAUGGCCUGUCCAUCUUUGACUCUGUGGAGCGAUAUGAUCAAAACGAGGAUGUCUGGGUCAAGAUGUCGCCUAUGCUGAAUCGGCGUUGUCGCUUGGGCGUGGCCACCUUGAAUGGCAAAAUCUAUGUGUGUGGUGGCUAUUGUGGCAACUCCUUUCUGCGCUCUGUCGAAUGCUACGACCCGUUAACAGAUACCUGGAAACUGGUCACGCCCAUGAAUUGUAAAAGAUCUCGAGUAGCACUGGCUGCCAAUAUGGGCAAGCUGUGGGCCAUCGGCGGCUAUGAUGGCGAAACGAAUCUGUCCACCGUUGAGGUUUACGAUCCCGAGACGGACAAGUGGACCUUUAUGCCACCAAUGUGUGCCCACAGUGGCGGUGUCGGUGCCGGCGUCAUACGCAUUGAAUAGCCUGCCUAGCCAAAAAACCUCUCGUAGUUAUUUGAUUAGUUAAUUUAUGCAAUUACAUAUUGUAGUCCUUAUACAUAUAUAUACACACACAUAUAUAUAUAUAUAUAUAUGUUUCUCAGUGUGCAACUAAGCUUUAGUGGUCCUUUGGCUACGGCUAUAUUUUUAAAGAAUAAAUUGUUUAUGCCUCUUUCAGGAUUGUUAAGUGUAUAACAUUCCAGUUGUAUGUAUAUGUUUGAUAGUUUGUAACUUAUCCCUAGACUCUAAUACUCAAUAAAUUGUAAGCAAUUGUAUGUUACUCCAAAUUCUACAAUGCAAUUCAAUAUAAAUGUCUUGUGUCCACUUA